AUGUUUGGAGAUAAUAUAAACGCGGUUGGGUUUUUUGAACGUAACUUGACUUCUCGCGCCGAAUUUUCCAGAACACCAUGGUGUUCCAAAAAAGCUACAGCCUAUGUCAUUGAUGUCUCACCGUCAAUGUGGCAAGCGCCUACCGCGGAUGAUUCGCUUCCAAUUGAAUUAGCAAAGAAGGCUGUUGUAGGAUUGCUUGAUGUGAAACUGUUAGCGAAUGCUAAAACAGAUAUCACAUCAGUUUUAGCUGUUGGGACAGAUGAUACUGAUUACGGGCCGAUUGAAGACUUUGAUGAGGAUUACGAACAUAUCAAAGUCAUAACUGGGUUGGAAAUGCCAACAUUGGAUUUACUACGCACGGUACAGCACCAACUUCCACAAGGAAAUGCGCCUGGAAAUUGUCUUGAUGGGAUAUCAGCAGCGAUCGAGAUAAUUAAAAGACAUUGCAGACAUCUAAAGUACGAGAAAAAAAUCUUUCUCAUGACAGAUGGAGAAUCUCCAAUGUCCAGCAUACGACUACAGCAAAUAGUUGAUGAGCUAAGAAAUAAUGGAAUUGAGAUUUUUGUUCUCGGUAUCGGAUUUAGUGAUCCUGAUGAGGAUACAAAUGAUCCAAGCAAAUCACAAACAAAACUUGCAAACGAAGAUCUGUUCCGUGAUCUCGUCAGUCGAGCUCCUGGGAGCAGUUAUAUCACCCCGAUGGACAGCGCUUUGGAGGAAAUUUCCCAACCGUAUGUGCGUCCAGUCCGCCCAACUCCACUAUAUCGCGGAGCUCUCACCAUUAGUAAUAAAAACGAAUAUGGCGAUUCGGCUCUGGGUGUUAAUGUAACUAUGUAUGCCCGCACGAAAAAAGCCAGUCUCCCAUCAUUCAAGAAAUGGUCUGUACUAGCUGAAAAUGCGCAAGAUAACCAACAGAAAACGCACGAGGUUUUGCGAACUUACUCGUAUACUGUCUGGGAUGAUGAAAACGGUGUGGAAGUUCAUGUUGACAAGGAAGAUUUAAUGAAAGCAUAUCCUUAUGGAGCGACGCUGGUACCAGCUCAGAAUUUUGAUGAAGAGCAAUUUAAGCUAGAUACGAAUAUGGCUUUAGACAUUCUUGGAUUUGUUAGAGUUACUGAGAUAAACAAAGACUUAUUUCUUGGUGAAACGCUAUCGAUAGUCCCUCAGAAAGAAGAUCGCGCAUCAGCACUUGCAUUCUCUGCACUUGCACACGCCAUGUAUGAAAAGAAUUUAAUAGGAUUGGCUAGAUUUGUCAAAAGGAUUCGCGGCCCUCCCGUAAUGCUCGGCUUAAUCCCACAUAUUACAGCCGAAAGAGAACUGAUAUAUGGUUACAUGCUGCCGUUUAACGAAGACAUCCGUUAUUACGAAUUUCCUCCACUCGAUCGAGUACAGAGUCAAAAGGGCGAAAUCAGAUCUGAUCACCCCUUACUUCCCUCGCCCGAAUUGUCUGACAAGAUGCGACAGUUUAUAGAGCAGAUGGAUCUUAUGAAUGUUCCCGAUGAAGAUGGGCAACCGACGGAAUAUCUACACAAAAAGCAAUUUAAUCCAACAGCUGUUUUAAUUAAAAAAUCAGUCAACCAUAGGGCGUUAAAUCCGGGUGCUGAAUUACCUCCUCCAGACGAAUCAGUACUCUCUAUUCUGAAACCACUACCGGACAUGAUUAAUAGAAACCAAUCGCUGGCAGAUGAAUUAGCCGAAUUGUGUGAUAUAGUGAAAAGUCAGGAGAAACAAAAAAGAAGUAGACGAGACCGCGGCGAGGAAGUAGAGGAGGAGGAAGUCGACAUUGAUGAACUCUUUGCACUUGCAAGUGAUGAGCAGUCCAAACGAACGCGGCGAGAAGAAGGGUCGGGUAGUUCUAUGACUGUAGGAAGGGAAGAUCCGAUAAGGGAUUUCGAGGCGAUGGUUGCUUAUAGGGCCGAGGAUUUAGUAACUACAGCCGUGGAACAGAUGUGUGCCGUCAUUAAGGAAUUUAUCUCUGGGGACGACUUGGAGAAGCAUGCAUUGGCAUUAAACUGUAUUAAAGUAUUGCGAAAUGCUUGCACAAAAGAAAACGAAUCCGAUACAUUCAAUAAUUUCCUUCGUGAACUACGGGACAUCUGUUUACAUGCUGAAGCUCCAAGAACAGAUUUCUGGAAUCAAAUUCUUCAAGAACAAAUCUCUUUAAUUAGUACUGAUGAAGCGAUUGAUAGUAGUACUUCAAUCAAUGAAGCUCAACAGUUCUUGCAAUCCGCGUCUUCAUCCCAUCAGGAUGUGGAGAUGUCAGACGUUUGA